CGGGAUACGCAGUCACGCGGGGCCGCUAGUGGUUCGGCCUGAGGGUCCAGGAAAGCUGCGCGUGGACUAGCGAGGAGUCGCGAGUGAGUUAACCGGUACGGAGAAAGACUGGUGGGUUCCGCCGGGGUGGCGCCCUGGUGAAGAAGUUGGAGCUCCCCUGACCGCUGCGACUUCCCUCCUAACGCGACGGAGGAGUGGUUAAAGUGAACGCACAAUGGCCAGUAAUCACAAACCUUCAGCAGCUCGCCCUGUUUCACGAGGUGGAAUUGGGUUGCCUGGAAGACCUCCUUCUGGAAUACGACCCCCCUCAGGAAAUAUUCGAGUGGCAACUGGAAUGCCACCUGGAACAGCAAGACCAGGCUCUCGUGGCGGUCCCAUAGGGACAGGAGGAGUUCUGUCUUCUCAAAUCAAAGUUGCUGACCGUCCUGUAACACAACAAGGUUUGAGUGGAAUGAAAACUGGAAUGAAAGGUCCCCAGAGGCAAAUUUUAGACAAAUCUUACUAUCUUGGGCUUCUUCGAAGUAAAAUAAGUGAACUUACAACAGAAAUUAAUAAACUUCAGAAAGAGAUAGAAAUGUACAAUCAAGAGAAUUCAGUAUAUUUGUCAUAUGAAAAGAGAGCUGAGACUUUAGCUGUUGAAAUCAAAGAGUUUCAAGGACAAUUAGCAGACUACAACAUGUUGGUAGAUAAACUUAAUACCAAUACUGAAAUGGAAGAAGUAAUGGAUGAUUACAACAUGCUUAAAGCUCAAAAUGAUCGAGAAACACAAAGUAUGGAUGUCAUAUUUACUGAAAGACAAGCGAAGGAAAAACAAAUUAGAAGUGUAGAAGAAGAAGUUGAACAGGAAAAACAAGCAGCAGAUGGCAUUAUCAAAAACAUGUCUCCUGAAAAACAAAUCAAGUACACAGAAAUGAAAACCACAAAUGAGAAAUUGUUGCAGGAGUUAGACACACUUCAGCAACAACUAGAUUCACUGAACAUGAAAAAAAAGAACUUGGAAGCUGAAAUAGCACACUCCCAGGUAAAACAGGAGGCUGUAUUGCUGCAUGAAAAACUUUAUGAAUUGGAGUCCCAUCGAGACCAAAUGAUUGCUGAAGACAAAAGCAUGGGAUCUCCAAUGGAAGAAAGAGAGAGAUUACUUAAGCAGGUUAAAGAAGAUAAUCAGGAAAUAGCCAGCAUGGAGCGACAAUUAACAGAUAUAAAAGAAAAAAUAAACCAGUUUAAUGAAGAAAUUAGACAACUGGACAUGGAUUUAGAAGAACACCAAGGCGAAAUGAAUCAGAAGUACAAGGAACUAAAAAAACGAGAGGAAAAUAUGGACACUUUUAUUGAGACUUUUGAUGAAACUAAGAAUCAGGAACUGGAAAGGAAGGCACAGAUAGAAGCCAGCAUUGUUGCACUUUUGGAGCAUGGUAGUCGAAAUAUAAAUCGUAUGAAACAGAUCUCUUCUAUCACCAAUCAAGAGCUGAAGAUGAUGCAGGAUGAUCUCAAUUUUAAAUCUACGGAAAUGCAGAAAUCACAAAGUACAGCUAGGAAUUUGACUUCAGAUAGUCAACGUCUACAGUUGGAUCUACAGAAAAUGGAACUUCUGGAAAGUAAGAUGACUGAGGAACAACAUUCUCUGAAAAGCAAAAUUAAGCAAAUGACAGCUGACCUAGAGACAUAUAAUGAUUUGCCGGCUUUAAAAUCAUCAGGUGAAGAAAAGAAAAAGAAGUUACAUCAGGAGAGAACAGUAUUAACAACCCGCAGAAAUGCCUUUAAGAAAAUAACAGAGAAGCUAAACGUAGAAUUUGAGACACUAAAAACACAAUUGCAAGAAAAUGAGACACAUUCUCAGCUUACAAAUUUGGAGAGGAAGUGGCAACACCAUGAGCAAAAUAAUUUUGUGAUGAAAGAAUUCAUAGCAACCAAGAGUCAAGAGAGUGAUUACCAGUCAAUUAUGAAGAAUGUAACCAAGCAGAUUGCAGAGUACAAUAAAAGCAUCGUGGACGCUCUACAUAGCAUGAGCAGAAACUGAGUCUGAACCAACUGCAAGUCUCUAUAGUAGUAUGCUCUUGCUGCUAAACUUUGUAUAAGCUGACUGAAAAAGAAUAACUUACCGUUGAAGAGUUUUACCUAAAAAUUUUGAGUUCUAUAAUUUUUGUGACCUCUUUGAAGAGGUUAUACUAUUUAAAUAGUAUAAUAGUUCAGUAAAAAGUUUGCAUACAGAAAAGCAUCUUUUUAUAUUUGUAUUUGUGUGGGUGAUAAAAAUGUGUCAACCAACCAAAAGAUGAACUAGAAGUGGCCAUUGAGAUUCAUUUAGUUGGUAUAAUCCAUCUAUGGCAGCAAAUGAGAUCAUUUUUUUACAUGUCAACUCUAGGAGGGAUACAUGGAGUGAAAUUCUGAUUUAGUACUUAUGUCAACCUUGUCAAGUUUUGCUUCUAGAAGAAGUAAGAAUGGCAGGGAGAUGUUUAGCUUUGAACUUUAUUUCUCAAAUAGGGUAUAUUUGAUGUAUUUUAGGGAAUAUAAAGUUGCAGGUAAGUAUAUUAACAAAUAUUCUUUGUAUAUCAGUUAUCCCUAAAGAUUCAGAAUUGAAAACUUUAACCUUUGCUUUUUAAAAAUAUUUCCUCAUGUGUAUAUACUAGGAAAAACAUGAAGUUUAAAAGAAAUGCACUUAUGGUAGUCUGUUUUAGACAUGGCUGUUGGCUGUUCAUUGCCACUCUGGAGUAUACAUUCAGUCUUUUGGACUGUAAGUAGAUUAAUUUUGUAUUGCCAGAA